AUGGCCAUUGAGAACCAACAAACAGCUGCCGCUCCAGUAGAAGAGACAACUUCUCUCUUCUCAAGUUUGGUUUCGUACUUUGUACCUACCGCCCACGCAGAGGCACCUGAGGAAUCAGACGAGCCUGCUGAAGAAGCAAGUGAAGAGCCCGCAGAAGAGGAAGAGGAGGAGGAGGAGGAACCAGAGGACAUCGCACCCGCUAUCAGAGAAGAAUGUGAGACAAAAACAUGUGCCGAUCACGUUCACCACUUCAAACACUGUCAAGAGAAAGUUGAAGCUGGAAAAGGAUUCCCAGGAGAAGAUUGUGUCGAGGAAUUUUUCCAUGUCUUACACUGUGUUGACGCAUGUGCCGCACCCAAGAUCUUCAAGAAGCUCGCUUGA